ACCACGUGCUUCUCAUCGAUCGUCGUCUCCUCCGUCGUCGUCUUCUUUUCUCUGCGCUUAUCCUUCGAUUAUACUUCCACAGUGGUGAAUGUACGCAAGUCCGGCAUCAACCAACCCAUCAGCGAUUUGUCGACACUAGACCUAGCUAAACUCAGAUUGGAUUGCCCGGGCUCCAAGAUUGAAGCCGUAAACCCUGGAAUCCUUCUGAACUUCGGACCCCAAUUCUAAUAUUCGAGUCUGGGUUUGAAUUAAGGAACUGGGAAUCGGGUUUGGGCGGAAAAUCCGAUCAAAGUUACGAACUUUGGUUCGGUACCGGAGAAGAAGAUGGAGCAGCUGAAGACCAUCGGGCGGGAGCUCGCAAUGGGAUCGCAAGGUGGGUUCGGUCAGUCGAAGGAAUUCCUUGACCUUAUAAAGUCCAUCGGCGAGGCCCGAUCCAAGGCGGAAGAGGACCGGAUCGUGGUGAACGAGAUCGAAACCCUCAAGCGCCGCAUAGUGGAGCCGGAUAUCCCCAAGAGAAAGAUGAAGGAGUUCAUAAUGCGGCUCGUGUACAUUGAGAUGCUGGGCCAUGAUGCAUCCUUCGGGUACAUUCAUGCCGUGAAGAUGACACAUGAUGACAAUCUGCAGCUGAAGAGAACUGGAUAUCUUGCUGUGACAUUGUUUCUGAACGAGGACCAUGAUUUGAUCAUCUUGAUUGUGAACACGAUUCAGAAGGACUUGAAGUCUGAUAACUACUUGGUCGUCUGUGCAGCUCUGAAUGCCGUUUGUAGGUUGAUUAACGAAGAGACAAUUCCGGCCGUGUUGCCUCAAGUGGCGGACCUGUUGGGGCACGCUAAGGAGGCUGUUAGGAAGAAGGCUGUCACGGCACUCCACAGGUUUUACCAGAAGUCUCCAUCUUCUGUUCUUCACCUUGUCUCCAAUUUCAGAAAGAAGCUCUGCGAUAGCGAUCCUGGUGUUAUGGGUGCUGCUCUCUGUCCUCUUUUCGAUCUUAUUACAAUUGAUGUUGAUUCCUAUAAGGAUUUAGUGGUGAGCUUUGUGAGCAUUCUCAAGCAAGUAGCUGAAAGGAGAUUACCUAAGAGCUAUGAUUAUCAUCAAACACCCGCUCCAUUCAUACAGGUAAAAUUGCUGAAAAUUUUGGCUCUACUGGGAUCUGGUGACAAAAAAACAAGUGAACACAUGUAUACCAUUGUUGGUGAAAUAAUGAGAAAGUGUGAUUCAACAACUAAUAUAGGAAAUGCUAUUCUAUAUGAAUGCAUUUGCUGUGUUUCCUCCAUCCACCCAAACCCCAAGCUACUAAAAUCUGCAGCAGAUGCAAUUGCCAAGUUUUUCAAGAGCGAUAGCCAUAAUCUCAAGUAUUUAGGCAUUGAUGCACUUGGAAGAUUGAUAAAGAUUAGCCCAGAAAUUGCGGAACAACACCAGCUAGCUGUAAUAGAUUGCCUAGAGGAUCCAGAUGACACCCUAAAGCGAAAGACUUUUGAGCUUCUUUAUAAAAUGACAAAGUCGUCAAAUGUGGAAGUUAUUGUGGACAGCAUGAUUUCUUACAUGAUAAGCCUAAAUGAUACCCAUUACAAAACUGAAAUAGCAUCUAGAUGUAUUGAACUUGCAGAACAAUUUGCCCCAAGCAAUCAAUGGUUUAUCCAGACAAUGAACAAAGUAUUUGAGCAUGCGGGGGAUCUAGUGAACAUAAAGGUUGCACAUAACUUGAUGAGACUGAUAGCAGAAGGGUUUGGAGAAGAUGAUAAUAGUGCUGACAGUCAGCUGAGAUCUUCUGCUGUUGAAUCAUAUUUGCACAUCAUGGGAGAGCCAAAACUUCCCUCUGUGUUUCUCCAAGUCAUUUGUUGGAUUUUGGGAGAAUAUGGAACUGCUGAUGGGAAGUAUUCUGCUGCCUAUGUAACUGGGAAAAUUUGUGAUGUUGCAGAGGCACAUUCAACUGAUGACGCUGUCAGGGCCUAUGCAAUAUCUGCACUUACAAAAAUAUAUUCAUUUGAGCUAGCAGCAGGAAGAAAAAUUGAUAUGUUGCCUGAGUGUCAAUCAUUUGUCGAAGAAUUACUAGCGUCCCACUCCACAGAUUUACAGCAACGUGCAUAUGAACUUCAAGCUGUCCUUAGCUUAGAUCCUCACGCUCUUCAAAAUAUAAUGCCAAUGGAUGCAAGCUGUGAAGAUGUUGAGGUUGAUAAGAGCCUUUCAUUCCUCAAUGGCUAUGUUCAAGAGUCCUUGGAAAAGGGCGCCCGGCCUUAUAUCCCAGAGGCUGAACGCCAUGGAGUGUUGAACGCCGCUGUCUCUUAUUCCAAGAAUCAAGACCACCAAAAUGGGACUUAUCCCCAUUCUCUGAGAUUCGAAGCUUACGAGCUCCCUAAACCCUCAUCAAUGGCUGCUGUUCCAGUUUCACUAUCCUCGUCCUCUUCCUCCUCCUCGACCAACGUUAUUGUUCCCAUUUCCCAACCUUCUUCCUAUCAUCACGGAGAAGGAGCCUAUGAAAAAGCAUCUGCUUCCGAUUCUGGAAUCAAGCUCCGUCUUGAUGGUGUCCAAAGAAAGUGGGGUAGGCCCACUUACUCCCCCUCCCCCUCUCCGUCUGCGGCACCACCACCGCCAGCCCCUUCUACUAGCGGCAUUAAGCCUCAGAGCAUAUCAAAUGCUUCUAAUAAUAAAAAACAGCAGAAAGUCGUUGCCGAUGUUGAUCCAGAGAAACAGAAACUUGCUGCUUCGCUUUUCGGCGUCGGGUCAAAAACCGAAAGACGGCAACACUCUUCUGGGACUGCCCACCACAACAGAGCUUCUUCCAACAGUGGCAUGCCGGUAAAACCGGCAACCCCACAGCCACCACCUCCGGACUUGCUUGACUUGGGCGGGGAACCGACCACAAGUGCCCCGACACCCACCGUAGCACCACUGAUGGAUCCUUUCAUACAAUUGGAAGGCCUUCUCGAUGAUGUCAGCCAAGUCUCCCUUCAUGGCGAGCCGACGACGACUUCAAAGGGGCAAAAUGACACAAAUGGACACGGAGGAAAUGCGACACGGGAAGCGAGCAAGGGGCAAAAACCCAGAGAUGGUAUUGAAAAGGAUGCUCUUGUGAGGCAAAUGGGAGUGACCCCAUCCACUCAAAAUCCCAACCUGUUCCGGAAUCUGCUCGGGUAAGUACUUAUAUUAUAUAUACAUACACUCCGUAUAUAUUUUCGGGACCCACUCGUUUGAAUGUUUAUUUGGGUUAACCACCCAUGGUUAAAGCUAAACCUGUGCCGUGGUGUGGUAAACCUGGGAUUGUUUGUAUCAGUUAAUGGCAUGCAUGCACGGUUAGUGUAGAUAGUGAGGCCUGAUAGAGGAGGAAUUAGAGAGGCGCAUGAACUUAACAUAAUUUCUAGUCAUGUGCUGUUUUCUGUUUUUGUUUUUGUUUUUACGAGGAUGCCUUGGGGAGUGUUUGGGAUUCAUAAAAGGCUGUUUUUUUAUAUUUUAUAAUGUAUCGUAUGGACUACGUUG